AUCAGAUGGUAGUGGAAGCUGCACCGAACCGCGGAGUCAAUCGAUUGGAAAGCGUAAGUCAAUGUCAGGAGACGUCUCCAAAUGACGGUGCCGCAACAUGCCUCAGCCUCAUUUCCUCGAACCAGAAUCCCUCCGAAUCGCCCAAGUUGCCUUCCACCUUCGCCAUACAAAUAGCUCUACACUCAGCUCUUCCAGACCCCACAGCAAGCCCCUCCGUCUCCAGCCAUUACAGCUCGUGGCCUCAAUCAUGAACUACCAUCCCCCUUCGAUGCCAGAGGAUUGGGACACUAUCGCGCUAGGUUCUUCCUGUGAUAACGUUACAGAUACUUGCUGUAGCUCAAAUCAUGGACGUACUGCGGCUGAAGGCGGCCCUGGGCAUCAAUAUGCAGUCGCGGUCGCUGAGCAGUACGCUAUCGACGCUGCCGGCGACGCUAGGACUGAAAUGUCUGGGGGUCAACUUGAAUACACCAGCUAUGAUUUCGCCCACUGGGAAGCAGUAUUUAUGCAGUCGCCAGACGCUCUUCCGUUACCCUCUACGCCACACGGCGCCGGCCCCGGCCACCUUCUCUCCCAAAUUCAACAGGGUUCGAGGUCGUACCGAAACUGGGCGAAUGAUGAGCCAGGAAACACGCUCGAUCGGUGAACACCUACUGCGGUCUCGACUUGCGCCUACUCCAGUACUCAACUUGGUAUCUGUGCUCCACAGACGAUCUCCGGGUCAAUAUGUACAAUCCUGGCUUGCCGAAGACGUUUCCCUUUCGCCCUCGGUCCGAGAUUACCCAUGCGCGAUUGCCCCUCCGCUGUCUGCCAACAUUCCCAGAUCCGACGCCGACGCUCUCACUGCGCACAGCGGCAAUCAGACGGUUGCCCUGUGCCCUACGACCGCCGCUACUGCGUCGCGCGCGGCCUCCCCUCUCGCUCUCAGUCCUUCCUAUCCCAUUCAGCAGACAUGGCAGCCUGCUCCUGGUACCUACUAUGCGUCGCCCCACGUCUACCAACCGCCGCCUCCACCGGCGUAUGCACCUCAGGCCCUGCCUCCGCCUCCGCCUACGUACGCGCCCCCGCCCCCGCCUCAAAAUGCCCCAGCACAACUUGUACCGGCUGACCUACAACUAGACCGCGCGAUCGAAGACCCUAUAUGUGGACUCGAGGGCUGUUCAAUCCGGUUAGACGACCUCACAGUGGGAGGUCAGAGGCGCCACCUUCGCGACUUCCACGCGGCAGAGUUGCAGCAUGGACGGGUGCAGUGCACCUGGGUCUAUGACUCGGGGACAAUGUGCGGUAGGGACCUCGACAAGAACAACUGGGGGAAGCACAUCGCGGCCGUGCAUUACGGCAGCACGGCGGAGCAGUGUCCGUACUGCCCGAAGGUCAUCUGCAGGCCCGACGCGCUCAGACGUCACGUCGACAACUUCCACUCCCGGGCCGACGAGGAUUAGGCCGGAUCGGACAGGGCCAUGAAGCAUUCUAUACACAGGCAAGCGAAUAGUACCUAACUUAUUGACUCCUAUGUUGUACCUCUAUCGCCCUCCCUCUUCGAGCUGCAUCACUGUUUCUCCAACACACG